CCCCCGUGCAAAGUCGGUGGCGCGCGCGAGUCACUCGGGGCGUCCGGGGGCCGCCAUUUUCCUCCAGUGAGGUAGUGAGCAUCGCGAAGCAUCAGUUAACACAACAAUCCCGGAACAUUAAAAAAUCAAAACCGUGUAAAACUCACCGCCACAAUCGCCCCGAUUUCCCCAACAAUUAUCAAAAUCCAGUUGAUAAUCAGCACGUCCUCGGGAUCCCGUAGAUCGUGCAUUAAACCGAGAAGACCCCAGGGCCCACCGAUUGUUUCCCCCAAACACCUGAACCAGCGACUCAAAACGACAAAAAAAAACUUGUUGAUAAUUGAUAAUAACAAAUAAAGAAAAGUUCAUCAUUCCUCGUCGUCCCCAGGAGCCUCUGGCGUUUGUCAAUCGCCUCUCCACUCGGUGAAACAGUUAAUUGUGACGAUAAAUACCCCAGUGCAACGUGUAAAAAAAAAAACACCCAUUGGAUCUACCGGUGGUGGGGUAACAACACAAGUUUAACAAUUAGUGCAGGCAUUACAAGUGAUUUAAUAAAUAAUAUCGUGGGGAAAGUGCUGGAUGAAGGAUUGAAGUUCGACGAAAGAGCAAUUACAAUCGGUAAAAAUAAACCCGCCAAUUGAUAAGACGUCAGCGGUGGAUUAAUCGACGAUUUGCUGUGGUUCUCCGACAGGACUGUCGGUAAACAACGACUCCGUGAUGUUUUGGAGAUUCGACGAUUCACCCACGAAUACGUAUGAAACAACUGUAGUGAAGAAACAAUCAGUGUGACGAAGCAUUAAAAAAAAAGUGUGCGAUACGUUAAUUCAAGGAAUUUUGACAAUACACUGAGUUUUAAGACAGACAAUUAUAUAUAUUGGUGGUAAUUUUUUUUUAUUUUCUUUUGGUUUUUGUGGACAGUUUCAAUCCAACUAACCAGAGGAACAGCUGUAUUUGAUAUUAUUAUUUUUUUAUCACACGGUGUUUUAUUGGAUUGGAUUUUUCUUUUGAGUCUGGAUUUUUUAGUGCACAUUCAGGGGUGUUUGGUUUAGUUAUUAAAUCAGGUGUGAGAAUAGUUACAAAAUAGGGGGGCUGUCUGACCGAUGGACAAACGUAAGAUGCUGACGAAACGCCCGCGAAUGGAUACCAUGAGGGGCCCGAUUGCCAAUGGGCCCAUCCAAACCCGACCGCUUGUUGCAUUGCUUGAUGGACGUGAUUGUUCCAUUGAGAUGCCUAUUCUUAAGGACGUUGCGACAGUUGCGUUUUGUGACGCCCAAUCCACAUCUGAAAUACAUGAAAAGGUACUAAAUGAGGCAGUUGGAGCACUGAUGUGGCACACUAUUAUUCUAACUAAGGAGGACCUUGAAAAGUUCAAAACAUUAAGAAUUAUCGUAAGAAUUGGCUCGGGAGUUGACAACAUUGAUGUUAAGGCUGCUGGUGAGCUUGGUAUUGCUGUAUGCAAUGUACCUGGUUAUGGUGUUGAAGAAGUAGCCGAUACAACUCUGUGUCUCAUUCUCAAUCUCUAUCGUCGUACGUAUUGGCUUGCCAACAUGGUACGAGAGGGUAAAAAAUUCACUGGCCCUGAACAAGUAAGAGAGGCUGCCCAGGGUUGCGCCAGGAUACGAGGUGAUACACUUGGAAUCGUAGGACUAGGGAGAAUUGGUUCGGCAGUUGCACUGCGUGCUAAGGCAUUUGGAUUUAUCGUCAUGUUCUACGAUCCAUAUCUACCCGAUGGCAUUGAAAAAUCACUGGGUCUGACGAGAGUCUACACGCUACAGGAUUUGCUCUAUCAGUCUGAUUGUGUGUCACUUCAUUGUACCCUCAAUGAGCAUAAUCAUCACUUAAUUAAUGAAUUCACCAUCAAACAGAUGAGACCUGGCGCAUUUUUAGUAAACACAGCACGAGGGGGCCUCGUGGAUGACGAUGCGCUGGCAGCUGCACUGAAACAAGGAAGAAUUCGUGCAGCAGCCCUCGAUGUCCAUGAGAACGAGCCAUACAAUGUCUUUCAGGGUCAGUCAAAUGCCCAAUGUCCACUUAAGGAUGCACCAAAUCUACUGUGUACACCUCAUGCAGCGUUCUACAGUGAUGCCAGUUGCUCGGAAUUGCGUGAAAUGGCUGCGACUGAGAUACGACGAGCCAUUGUUGGUCGUAUUCCUGAUUGUUUGAGAAACUGCGUGAAUAAGGAAUAUUUCCAUUCCUCCACUGGGAAAUAUUUGAACAGCAACUACUCAGAGGCAAUAAAUGGUGGAUACUACGCGGGAGCUCUGCCAAUGCAACAGGCGCACUCAACGACACCCCAUGAUUCAGCUCCACCACCACCCGGUGGACAUUCAGUUGUUGGUGCUGGUGGAGGUGGUAGUGCUAGUGGUCCAAACUCAUCAGCUGGCGGUGGUAGCACUGGUGGCCCAACAGUGGGUGGUGGUGGACCAACAGUUGGUGGUGGUGGUAGUGGUGGACCAGCAAGUGCACCACCAAGCGCUGGUUUACCUGGAUUACCACACAGCAUAGUUACUGAUCCUGAUCCACGACCAAGUCCACCCGCUCCGAGUCCACGUUGACCAUGAGAAUAAUUUUUCAUUUUCCAUAUUUUUCUUUUCCAACAUCCACAAAGAGAUAAUGAAAAAGCAAAAGGGGAAUAAUUAAUACAUUUCAAGCACUAUUCUGGGAUCUUUGAGAGACAACAUAAGGAAAAUUUAAUAGGCAAAUCUCCUCCCUUUUAACAAUUUCAAAAAUACAAUGAAAAAAAAUGUCCACCAUUUGCACGAGAUCAUUAGCAUUCGUCUGGAAGGAAGAUUGAACAAAACAAAUACUGAACCGAAAUUGUACGUCGUCUGGGCAACAGGAAGUGACAAAAUUACUAUUAUUUUCUCAUUUUCUGUUUUUAUAUUGUCACCUUUUGUUAUUUUUCAACGAGAGGGAAGAAAAAAAUCACUGGAAUCAUCGAUUUACGAUUAUUUACGUGCAUGACUCCUGCACAACUGAUAUUCCAAAAUCUGUCCGCUGCUUCCGAGAACAAAAAGGAAAGAAACAAUUACCUAAUGAUAGAAGAAGAAGAAAAAAUAAAUAGUAAGAGUGAAAGAGUUGAUAGAAUGCCUGUGUAAUGAUGAAAUAAAAGUUAUUUUGUGCGUCGAGGGGGGGAGGAAAGCGAGACGAAUAAAAGAAAAGAAUUAUAAGUGAGUGGAUGAAUGUGAGAGUGAGUUCAAUAAGUUUUCAAUCCUUUUUUUUUCGUUUUUUUUUUGCGAAGCUUUUCUGAUAUGUCGAUUAUAAUUGUGGAUGUUUAUGGCGAGAUUCAUGGAAUAGUCGAUGCGGGGGGGAGGGGGGGGGGGGAAUAGCGAUUGCUGUAGAUAACAAGAGGAUCCAGACAAGAUGCUUCUUUAGAGUACUUUUUUAGAUUUACAAGAAGAUAAACAUUAUUUUUUCUCUCUUUUUAUUCUAAUGUAAUACACGUCUCUUUUUAUUUAGACUCUUACUCUCGUAUCAGUUAUUCCCUGUGACCGUCUCUCCUGACAAUCUGCAGCAUCGCAUUUUUUGGCAUUUUCUGAAGAUUUUUGAUUAAACGAAAGAAACAUUUGAAAACAAAAAAUCAUUCAUAAUUUUUCUUCUUUUUAAUUGUCACUGUUUUCAUUCAUUUACUCAAGCGCUGAUCAUCUCUCAUUGAUAAUAUUUACAUCUCUAUUUACAUACUGUGUAAUAUGUGAAGUACACCAUUAAACGUGUUUCUCUUAUUACUUGUUUUUUUUUCAUGUAAUUUGGGGUUUAACGAAUCAUUGAAGAACGUUACGACGAUUAAUGAAAUUGUGAGGAGGUCGAUAAUCGAUUUAAUGACAUUGUAAUGGUGGAAAUAUUGAUAACUGGGAGAUAAUUCAAGUGAUUAACGUUAUCUGUGACAUUCGCCGUUAUGGAACUUGAUGAUAUGACAGCAUAUUGACGAAUAAAAUGAAACGUGAAAAACAAAAAUCAUAAAAAUUAAAGACAAAAACAUUAUAUAUAUGUUAAUUAUAUAUAUAAAAUUAUAAAGUAAAUAUAACUAUCACGAGAGACAACUGAAGAACACCCAGAACGAGAUAGACGUGUGAAAAAGAAAAUAAUUGUUUAGUUCUCGCAAAUGUGUUAGUGAUUGGAGUUUUUUUUCCAUAUGUACAGUUUGAAGGGAAUAAUGUCUCGAUAAUUUUCCUUGUCACAUUUGCGAGGAUGAGACAAUAUUUGGUACGUUAGAGCGUGAUGAGAAAAAUGCUUGGAAAAUUAAAAUCCUCUUAUAUUUAUAAAUCAUCCAUCAGCACUAAUUCCUCCCCGCGUUUUAGUCAUAUUUUUUUUUUUGGGUUUUUAUAUUAACGAGGAAACCGCGAUGGUAGACCAUCAAUAAUUUUUUUGUAUGAAAAAUAAACCCAUAAAUUGCAAUUUUUUUUUCUUCAUUGUUUUGUCAUGAAAAUGUGGAGAUACUGAAAAUAACGAGUGAAAGUGCUGGACAGUGAAAGUAUGGAACGAGAGUGAAAACAUCAACGUUUUAUUAAUUAAUUGAUGAUAUGAGUAAUUGUAGAAAUUAAGUCGAGUAUUUUCAUUUGAAUUUUAGGUAAAAUAGUGUUUUUAGGACAUCAGUGGAGCUGUGGUGGAUGAAUGGUACAUUUUUUUUUUUCGAAAUAUGAUGAUGGAAAUCAGUAGAGAAUUUGGUAAUGAUUAAUUGAUAAUAAAAUGAAUUGCAGAAAGAUAUAUUUUAGAGAUACACAUAUCUACUGUGUUUAUUUGGUGACUUUAUUUUCUCUGGUCUCAUUUUUCAUUGGGUUGAUGAGGCAAUGCAACUACCAUCGCGGAUUUUUAGUGAAUUCUGUGUGAAAAAUACUGAGGAAAUAAAAAUUCACUGGAUUCCAACUGACGAAAAUUCGAGAGGUGAAAUAAAAAAAAAAUGAACAUUUUUUCUGGAGCAAGUGAUCCCUGAUGAACUUAUCUUCAAUUUAAAUGAAAGAGAGAAAGCUAAUUAAAUAAAGAGAUACGUGAAAAAAAAAGCAUCACAUACACAAUUCAUGUACACAGAGAAUAAUGACAGACGCGAGGAUAAAAAUAUUUCUAUGUAGAUUACGUACAUAAAAGGAUAAAAAAAGUAAAAAAAAGUAAAAGUAAAAAUUAAACUGCGUACGUUUGCGACUGAUAAAGGACUUCUGAUGAUUAAAAUAAUGAUUAAUGAAAGAAUCAGCGAGUUAGUGAUGUCUGGGAGGUGAGAGAAUUUGAAUUAACACUCGAUCAACUCGUCUUAGCGCAUUCGUACAAAGUAAACAUUACAAGUUAGAUGCAUUAUACAAUUUCUUUUCUUUUUUUUUCUAAGAAAUAUUAAUUACUUAUACAUCAUUAUAUAUAUUAGAGAUCGAGAGUGAAAGACAGAUGAAAGUACGAAUGAUAUGAGAGUGUGUAAAUGACUUGAGACUAAGUGCGUGAAGAAAGGAAUGAAGAUAACAAAAAUGAAACAAAAAAAAUUGUUCUUAUUAUAGUUUUUAAUCUGAGAAAGAGAGGCAAAUCAAUGUGGCGAUGAAAUAAUCGAAGUAAAUGUAACAUUUCCUUCAUGUUUCCAUUGUUAAAUCACUCCCCUCCUAUUUGCAAGAAACAAAUUAUAUAUAUAAAGAUGAAAAAAAAAAUGAAUUGAA